CCGGGUGGCAGGACUGUGGGUAGCGCUGCAGGGAGGCGCGCGCUCCUUAAGCAUUCCUCCUCGGUGUUUACCGAGGAGCUGCAAUGUGUUCCUGUCAGAUGAUGCUCAUUUCGUGCUAACAAUAACUCGAGAGGAUGUUCAACAGUAACUGCUAAAAUUAGACGCCUGGAAGUCAGGGCUGGGUAAUUGUCAUGAAGGAGCUGGUUCAGGGACUCUGCGUCGGGGGAGCUGGGAGAGGUCUCGAAACGAAGCCCCUCUGUGCUGGGACAAAGGUGUAAGGCAGGGGUGAUCUUAAAAAGUGAAGUAAAGGCAUUGCAGGUCUCAGCGUACCUUCAUUUCAAGGCAAAGCAAUAAAAUGGCUGAUCCUGGAAUCGACUAAUAAGUCCUUAAAGGUGUCGCAUUGCUCAAGGCGGGCUUAUUGGGAACGGAGCUCGCCCAAGGAGGCUGACACCGGUUCUUUGAACAGACUGCAGGUUGGUUGAGGAAAGGAGUGCUGCCCGUUUAAAGCGUUUCCCUUCUGCAAGUGUAAAUAACAAUAAAUAAUAGAUGAUUCACGAGGCAGUUUUGGCUGAGCGCAAGCCGCAGCGCGCGUUUUCACGUGCGUGGGCAGCGUCUGCAAAGGCUGGAGGUACCGUGGUCCCGGCGGUCACAAGAUUGCUCAGUGAAAAGGUUUAAGCCCAAAAUCCUAAUGCCCAGGGAGGAGCCCUGAUCCCCAGGCCAGCGGCAGGGCUGACCUGUGCUCGGGGGGUCUGCUGCUGGCCUCCUGUUGCCUGCACUGCCUCGGGGUUGAGAGCCCGAGCAUCCCUCUGAUGGGAGACCUUAGCAGCUGCUGUGGGAGGGAGGGUUACUUGAACGCUUCCUUUCUGUCCUUAUAAAAAGAGCUAUCUGUUUAUUCCCCCAAAAGAAGGAUAAUUAACUGCUCUCUGGAAGCACCUUACAAGGCGCAAAGACCUGACUUUCCUAGGGUUGUAACACACCCUGGCGUUCGGGACUCGAGGCGAGAAAAACCAGCCCCAUGCAUGGACUGAGGGACUUGCUGCGAUGAGUUAUUGCCGAAGAAUUCCUAAAUGUCAUCCUGCUCCGGGAGCUCCAGAGACUCAGGCUGGCCAGCCCUCGACCUUCACUGCGGGUGAACCACCCGCGGUCCUGGCUCCGGCUCCAGGCCUUCGCCCUGGGCUCGCAGCGACCCUCCAGCCACCAACCCUGGAGCGCUGCCGGUCCUUUUUCUGCUGCUUGGUGGAGGCAGCCCCACAAACGGAGCCCUCCUUUGCAGCCUGGCCUUGGCGUGCUGCACCCAGCGAGCCCUCGCCUGGUUCCUUGCAGCAGAGGGAAGAAGCCCCUCGGUGCUCGGCUCCCUCGCUGCAGCCUGCGGGCGGGCGAGGAGCCCUGCGGGGCCGGCACCCGGAGCAGCUGUCCCACUUUGCGGAAACUUUCUUGCCUUUUUAAGGACAUGCCGAGUGCCGUGCUCUAACUUUAGCACAAAGACUCUUUCAGGACCACCCUGAGACUUUGGAUCGCUUUGAAAAGUUCAAAGGCCUGAAGACCCCUGAUCAGAUGAAGGGCUCUGAAGAUCUGAAGAAACACGGAGUUACCGUCCUCACCCAGCUGGGCAAAAUCCUGAAGCAGAAGGGUAAUCAUGAAGCAGAGUUGAAGCCCCUGGCUCAAACCCAUGCUACAAAGCACAAAAUCCCUGUCAAAUAUCUGGAGUUCAUUUCUGAAGUUAUUAUCAAGGUCAUUGCUGAAAAGCACUCUGCAGACUUUGGGGCUGAUUCCCAGGCUGCGAUGAAGAAGGCCCUGGAGCUGUUCCGAAAUGACAUGGCCAGCAAGUACAAGGAGUUCGGUUUCCAGGGUUAGCGUAUACGCACAGAGGGACACCACGACGGAGGCCUGGCCGUGCAUCUUAGAGAAGCUUCCCCAGCACUGUUUUGGACAUCUCAUGAUUGGCCAUCCAAGACGUGUGGGAAUGCUUUGACAAGAGGCCGAGAGUCACCACAGGCAGAGCAGAGGCACUCAGAGUGAUGUCCAUGAUAAACCGUUGUCCUUUCCUGGCUUCACGUAUACAAGAGAAAUAAUCUGUUUUCUUAGGAAAAAUAAUAUAAGGGGUUAUCUGUCAGCUUCUGCCUAUCCCUAUGCCCUUUUUCUUCCCCCCUCCCCAAAACCCAGUCUCAUCUGAGAGGAGAAUGUCACGGCAGGACAUGAAGGGAUGUGGAGGAACAAGGGGUGUACUGAGGAGUGCAGUGAACAGGAGGGUGAAGGAAUGACUCAAGUGGUGCAAAAGGGAUGUCAGGGUGGGAAGUGGGGACACCAUGUUCCUUUCCUCCCCCAGGUGAGACUGUUAGCAGGUUGCGGUGGAGAGCUUUCAGCGCCGUCACUGGUGUUACCUUGUUUCGUGGGGGUGGGAGCAUGUCAGUCUCCGGGGUCUGCCAGCUUGGCAACUCGCUGAACUCACAUUAGCAAAACUAUAAAGAGUAGUACACCCUGUGAUCCGUAGGUUUCUGGCAGCUGCUGCUAUGCAUGUGAAGUU